GCCGCGCUCGGCCGAGCUCGCGCCGCGGGGCGGCUGCCGGCUGAGCCAUGGAAGUCAGCCUGGCCCGCGUGGACUACCUGCAGGUGGGCGUCACGGCGCAGAAGACCAUGAGGCUGCUCCCCGCGUCGGGCCGCAGGGCCACCCAGAAGGUGGUGGUGGGCGAUCAGGACGGAGUGAUUACCUGUUUCGGCAUGAAAAAGGGGGAACCUGUGACGGUGUUCAAAACACUGCCUGGCCCCAAAAUCGCACGCCUGGAGUUGGGAGGAGCUCUUAACACACCCCAAGAGAAAGUCUUUGUGGCCACGGGAUCAGAAGUCAGAGGUUUCACAAAAAGAGGGAAGCAGUUCCUCUCCUUUGAAACUAACCUCACUGAAGACAUCAAAGCUAUGCACAUUUCAGGAGCAGAUCUCUUUCUUUGUGCAAGUUAUAUCUAUAACCACUACUGCGACUGCAAAGACAAGCACUACUACCUAUCAAGAGAUAAAAUCAAUGAUGUUCUCUGCCUUCCUAUAGAUAAAGUGAAUUGCAUUACCCCAGUGCUUGCGUGUCAGGAUAGAGUCCUCAGAGUUUUACAGGGAUCUGAUCUACUGUAUGAAGUAGAAGUUCCUGGACCACCUACUGUUCUUGCUUUAAACAAUGGAGAUGGAGGUGAUUCUGGAGAAGAAAUUGUAUAUGGAACUUCUGAUGGCAAACUGGGGCUUAUCCAGAUUACUGGUUCUGCAUCUGUACCUAAGUGGGAAAUUGACAAUGAAAAAAAGAGAGGAGGUAUCUUAUGCAUUGAUAGUUUUGACAUUCUGAGAGAUGGAGUGAAAGAGUUACUCGUUGGGCGAGAUGAUGGAGUGCUGGAAAUCUACAGCUUUGAGAGCGCAGAUGAUCCCGUCCUUCGGUAUGAUUAUGUUUUAUCAGAGAGCAUUUCAUCAAUCCAGGGUGGCUGUGUAGGAAAAGAUGGUUAUGAUGAAGUUUUAGCAUGCACAUAUUCAGGCUGGCUGACAGGACUGACUACAGAACUUGCCUAUAGAGAAGGUGGAUCAGGUGAAGAGCUAAAACUAAGUCAAGAAAUGCAGAGCAAGAUUUCAUCCUUGAGGAAUGAAGUGGAACACUUACAGAUGAAAGUACUUGGAGAACGUGAAAAGUAUCAGCAGUCUUCUCAGUCCAGUUCUGCUGUUUCAUCAAUACCUGCAUUCAGUGUGAAUGAUAAGUUUACAUUAAAUAAAGAUGAUGCUAGCUACAGUCUCAUCUUGGAGGUGCAAGCAGCUAUAGAUAUUAUCCUGGUGCAGAGUGAUGUCCCUGUAGACUUGCUGGAUGUGGAUAAAAAUUCUGCUGUUGUUAGUUUUAGCAACUGCGAUUCUGAUCCAAAUGGCAACUGUCUCCUUGCCACUUACAGAUGCCAAGCAAAUACUACAAGACUUGAACUUAAGAUUCGAUCAAUUGAAGGACGAUAUGGGACACUUCAAGCAUAUGUAACUCCAAGAAUUCAACCAAAAACCUGCCAAGUUUAUCAAUACCAAAUUAAACCCCUUUCUCUGCAUCAGAGAACUCAUGCUAUUGACCAUGACAGGCCAAUGAAUACACUGAUGCUCAAAGGACAAUUCAGUUUUGCUGAAAUUCACUCUUGGGUUGUCUUUUGCUUGCCUGAAGUCCCUGAAAGGACUCCACCUGGAGAGAGUGUCACCUUUUAUUUUCAAAACACCUUCCUGGGUACCCAGCUUGAAAGUACUUACAGAAUAGGUGAGGGAUGUUUCAAGUCUGACAAUAUUUCUACAAUAUCCAUCCUAAAAGAUGUACUUUCCAAAGAGGCUACUAAAAGGAAGAUCAAUCUCAACAUAUCAUUUGAUAUAAAUGAAGAAUCUGUGAGGCAUACGUUAAAGCUCAUCCACCCCAAAUUAGAGUACCAGCAGCUGUUGGCCAAGAAGGUUCAUUUAAUAGAUGCUUUGAGAGACAUGUACUUCAGUUACCUAGGAGACAGCUUCCUUGAAGAAAAUUCCUAUUGGUGCUGUAUCAUUAUUGUAUAACGUGGGAUUACUGACAGAUGUUGAGGAUGCAUAAGUCAAACAGUAUAAGGCAGCCAGCUUUGCCAUUUUACGUUCUUCUUGCUACUGUUAUUUUCCAGUUCCAUCUUCAUCUCUCUGCACUAACCUUUUAAAGUGUUUUAGCUCUAGAUAUGAUGGUCCAUGCCAGAUGAGACUUCUUGCUUUGGACUGUCAUCCCAGUGUGUCAUCGUUUCUGAAGCUUCUCUAUUCAUAAUUAAUCUCUGCCUAAUCUCUUCAAUGGUUAAUCUCUGAGAGAUGUCACUUUGUCAGCUUGUCUGAGUUUUUGAAUUUCUCCAACAGCCAGGAUUUUAUAAUCCAGAACCUGCUGUAAUCUUUUGUUGUGUUUUCUGGAGGGAAGAGGGGGGAUAAAAAUGGACUCCUUGCCCUUUUGUGGAAUCAAAUGCUGGUUUUAGACCUCUUUUAUCAGCAGAAAAACUUCCAGUGAGCACAGUGAUCUGACAAUUGUUGGGAGCACUUUAGGAGUGUGUAGAACAUUUUGCUAAGUAUAGCGAUGCCUUUUAUGUUCAGACUGUUAAUGUGUUAUGCUUUCUAGGAAUUUCCUUAUUCUAAAGCUGAAGUGUGGUGAAGGCUUUUAGCCUUUAUUAGGCUUCGUUCUGUAAGGGCUGAGCUGUGGAGGAUUUUGUAAAUCUAAUGUAUGAAGUGACAAGCAGCAUCUGAUGUUCUGUUAGAAGAUCUAAAAGAGGCUCUUUGAAAAUAGCUCUUCCUAGUUUAGAAGGGGAUUGUCUUGCUUCUGAAAUGCUUCCUCCUGUCAAACCCAAGCUUAAUUUCUUUAUACUUUUAUGUUCUUAAGCUACCUAACUGCCUUUGAUUUUUAUGAUGUAAAAUAUCUUUGAGGAAUUACAAGUUCAGGAAGGAAACGUGGACUUCUUGGUGCCAGAAUACCGCAGUAUUUUGGAAGAGGCAGAUCAACUGCUUGAGGAAUACAA